AGGUGCACAAAACCUUUUGUCUGACUCGUCCACAUCAAAUCAGCCAUUAAGGGUUUGCACAAAAGCAGAAAUCCCAAACAUAAAAUAGGCACAAAUGGCCCGAGUUUAAAGGAGAAUGAUGUCUUCAUGCAUUCCUACCAAAAUGUAAAUAACAUUGUCAGUGAUAGGUGUGAUAAUAACCUAACAGUGAACCGUUCAGGAGGCAGCCAGCAGUCUGUGACAAACAGCAUUAGGCAACCCUUCCCAAGCUACACGAUGCUAGUUUCCCCAACAAGUUGCAGCGGCUGCUGCUGAGUUCCCACGCAGCUGUCGUAAACGGCUGGCAAAAUAGAACGGCGAGAAAAUGACACAGACAGUCCCCUAGGUGUGCAAACACCUGCUGGAAAACGUGAUUCUAUAAGCAGCUGCUCUGUCAGAAAGCGUAUAUGCACAUAGCUGAGCUGGAGGAAUAUAUUUUAUCUACCACUAUAUCCAACUUGUUGAUCCCUUUGUCAGCUAGCAUUAUGAUUGCACUUAAUUCGAACUUGGACGUGCACGUAUUAGAUGAUGACAUCCAACUGAAUAGAAUAACAGUGAUUAUUUAUAGCUUGUAGCCACUUGAAACAAAGCAUCUGAUAACUCUUUGUCUUUGUUUUUCACAGCUUUAAAGCUGUCGGCUCUUCAUCUGGAGCGUCCCUGCAGAAAUUUUUAAAGAUUUUAAGACAAUUGCUGACUUUUUGGUGCAAAAAGGGAAAAUGUAUUAUAUUAUAUUUAUUUGGCCCUUCAGGAACAGUUAAACUACCUUAACACUGCUUCCCUAUCCUGUUUUAAACCCAGGGGACUGAUACGUAAGGCUGCUUUAAAUACAGAUCUUGAAACCUUUUAAACUUUAGAGUUAGAAAGGCAGGAAAGAGCAGGAAGAGUAUAGUUAGCAGCACAUAUGAGAGUGAUGUGAGGGGGAGGGCAUGCAUGAGAGGCUUGUGGAGAGAACGGGACAGCUGAAGGGGGGGAUGGGACCAACAGAAAUAGACAUACUGAGAGAUAAAUAGUUAUUGCCCUCCACCCCCCCCUCGAGCAGUCCUCUCCUACCCUCCCCUUGUCAGGUCUCUCAGGUCUCAAUGCUUGCUGAAAUGUAUCAUGCGAGGUGGGGGGUGGGGACUUUGUGUCACGGGCACAGCCCUUCCUUGCUUCACCUGUUUGUGUGUGUAUGUUAAUAUGUGCGUGCCAGCAUUCAAGGAGAUAUAUAAUCUACAAGCACUGCAAAGUCAUGGGGUAACAUGAGUUUGAAGGCCAUAUCAUUUAACAGUGAGCGUGCUGUCUAGCAUUGCUUAACUCCGAGCUUCCUACGUCAGUCUGAUUUCUUAUUCCAGAUAUGUAAUUUUGCCUUCAAUGAAAUGAAACUAAUGUACUGUUCCAUCAGUGUAAUACUUAAUCAUUUUCUUGGUAACACAGCUCAAUCUUGUCUUUCAGUCCUGCAGCUGAGGAUUCAGAACCGAAGGCUGAGUGAAAUCAAUGCAGACUCAGGGCUGAAAUCCACGUGCCCGCCUCAAAAAGCUGAGAAAGACCAGAGUGAAGCUCUGCGUCUAACUGAUGACGGUGCCACUCAGAAGUUGCCUCCUGGUGGUCUGAAUGCUGAAACUGCACAAGAGCGGACUGCGUGUGGGGCCCACAGGCAGAAGAAAGCUCGCCAGGCGCAGGACCUCACUGAGAGGAUCCAGCGCCCGCCUGGACCUGUGGAGCAGCAGCUCGAACGCACGCCGCCUCCGGAGAACGGUCCUGCCUCCUUCCCUCUGACUGCUGAUGUCUUCGAAGAUGACAUCUCUUCCUCAUCCUCACCCACGGAGCAGCACAGCACUCACCAAUCACCAGCUUUUUCUUCAUUGCCGAGGCUCUCAGGUGACCAAUUACUGAGCGACUGCUCGGCUCUGGUCCCGACCCUUAACCACGGUCCCUGUCAUGCUCAGUCUGGUUUGGCAGUGCUCCCGGGAACCGAGGGCAUCAGACAACCUAUGAGCGUAAAGCUGAGUGACUCAAACUCCAUGGCAACGACUGGGAGGCCGACUGGGAUGUAUCUGACCUCUCAGACCACACCCCUGCUGCCAAAGACAGCUCGGCCUCCCAACAACCCCUGCACCUCAACUCUGCCUCACUCCCUUAACUUCACCCAUCUCCCCCGUCCACGGAAACCGCGGGACACCAAGCCCAAAAUGAGGAAACUCAAAUAUCAUCAGUACAUUCCUCCAGACCAGAGAGGAGGGGCUGGGACAGGAGGGGUGGGAGCCAAACAGAAGAGCCCUAACCCUACCCAGUCUUUAGACCCAGCCUAUUCUGAUCUUCUGAAACAGCAGCAGGUCUUCCUUCAGCUUCAAAUCCUCCAGAACCAGCAGCAGCAGCAGCAGCAACAACCACAAGAACAGAUCACUGUUGUACCCAGUGGGGAAUCUGGUGAUCUGAAGUCUUCGGGAGCCAUACCACAGAAUCCCCAACCUGUUCCUGCUACAACCAAUCACACCCCUACGGACACAAACCCUCCAUCAAAGCCUGAGCUUCUCCCUGCUAAUCUGGUUGAUUUAACAGUGUCAGAGUUACGGCAGCAGCUGCGUAAGCGCGGCCUUCCUGUCUCCGGCACAAAGCCUGCCCUAUUGCAGCGACUUCGUCCUUUCCAGCUUCCCAGUGCUUGCCUCACCCCGGCUCCCCUCUGUCAGCUGGGUACCAGCCCAGAGCCACUCACCCCCUGCCCCUCAUUGCCAUCCAGCCAGAGCCCUGGCUCCAGCUCCAGCUCUGGGCUAGACUCGCCCAGCAGCAGCCCAAACCAGCAGCUUUACAUCCAGGAUAGGGCAAUUCCUAAUGGGAUUCUCAGCAGCGCUCCAAAUAGAGUUCCAAAUGGAAUUCUAAACACUGUCCCAAACGGUUUCACAAAUGCUGCAUCAGUCAGUUUGGCGGGGGAACCGUGCAGUCUCACCAACACGGUCUUCUUAGCUCCUGCCAGCACUGCCUCGGGAACUCCAAGUCCCAGUCUUCCCAUGUCAUCCUCCUCACCCCUACAGUGUGGGACUCCCUGGAGAACUGAGAAGGAGCAGCAGCGGCAGCAGCAACAGCAGCAGGAGCUGAGUGUGGAGCUGGAGAUGAGGGAGAGAAUGAGGAGCAGGCCAAGAGACCGCUCCACAUGUUCCGGCAAUGAGUCUUGUGGAGGAUCCGUCCAUCCGUUCCUGCAACAGGACCUGGGAUGCUCUAGAGGGAAGCAAGAAACAGAUGCACACGCAGAGGUGUUGUUUACACGGGUGUUUUGCUGCCAGCCCUGUGAUGCAAUUGGCAAUGACUUUGAACUGCCAGUGCAGAUUACAGCAAGUCCUAUUCAGACCUUACCCUCUGUUCGCAGCUUGGAGGAAGAGCUACAGGAGGCUAUCCAGAAAGCACAGAUGGACCCUCGGCAGUCCAUUGAUGACAUUCUAGAUGAGCCUAUUGCUUCUGUCGACUCCGUCAAUGUGUCUGACCAUAAAUCUCCUGCCCACUCAGCCUGUUCUCCUUCUCCUCUUCAAAAUGAUCAGUCCCAGGCUUCCCAGCAGCACCACAAGGACGACAACUCCCUGCUUUCACCUCUUUGCUCCUCUCUCUUGUUGGAGCUUCCUCCAUCCCCUGCUGUAAUAAACCCGAGCCAGGUAGUCCCACUUCCUCCUCCACCGCCCAUCUGUACCUCCCCAUUGCCAUCCACCAGGAGGUCCCGGAAACGACGGGCUCCAACACCGUUCGACGCUGCUGACUGGCUUGAAACGCUGUCGUCCGGCCUCCGCCCUCUGACCCCCCCAGCAGCCCCCUUUGUCGAGCCAGACUUGAGCCUGGAUUCAGAUCUAAAUGUCAAUCGAGUGCUGGACCUGAUGAUAGAGCAGUGGUGAGGACUUGCGAGGGGUGAUCGCUCGUUAUUUGUCAGUUCAGCUGUAAAAGUCACCAGCUCCACGCAAUGUCGAGAGCUGGAUUCAUUGCAGCGAUCGGAUCCAGCAGCUUUGACGGGACAAUGAGAAAACAAACACAUGCGCACACUUUCACCCUAUGCACACUCGUAGUGUUUUUUAAAAGCACUUGGGCUCAGCCAGAAAUGGCAAACAAGCCACACAUCUGUGGAUUGACACACUCCACAGCACAAUGUUUGCAGUGCAAAACAAAAGAAAACCUGGUGGCAUAUUAAUUUAAACAUGCUUCCUGGCUGUGCUGGGAGAAUGUCAUUUCUGACUUAUCUCCAAAACCCGUUGUCGGAUUGGGUUGAGUAUGGCCCCUGGUGUUGACUCAGUCAUUGAGUCCUAGCCAUUCAUAAAGCCCAUUCAGAGUGUGUAAAAGCCAGGCAGAGCGCACAGCUUGUGUGUGGCUCCAGACCUUGACCCCGAUGCCAGACACACAGUCGGCAUGCAGAGGGAGAAAGCUGGCAGAAGCCACACACAGGAAGUGUGAGUACAUGCUUGUGUGAAAGUGUGAUCUGUGUGUGUGUGUAUAUGUGCGCUUUCCAUAUGACUGACUGUGCGAGUGCACACAUGGCUGCUCUUGGCUGUAUGUGUCCACAUACAAUGCUUCCAGGUGUAUUUAUCAGCAUCCGAGCCAAAGCACUUGUAGUUAUUUGUUUGUUUGCGAUUAAGUGUGCCUGCUUGUGUGUGGCAUGACUGAUCUGUGAGAGGAUACACGUGAAGAACACAGAAGAGAGGCCGCGGAUUUACAGUAAGUGUCCACUUCCUAAAGCAGACAUUUAAUUGUGGUCCCUCUGCCAGCGGGCAGUAACUCCAGUGUAGUUAUCCUGUGUAAUCAUCAGAACAACCACAUUACCUUGUUUAAGCCGCCAUCCUCCAGGAGAGCAAUCAGGAAGCCACCCCAAAAAUAGUCCCCGUACAAAUGCACCAAUCAGCCGAGUGAGACUUUCCUCAUCACUUUGCAAAAACAGGUGGUCAUUUUGUUCCCUGAUUAACCCCCAACAGUGUCUGGCCUGCUCCUCGGUGAUUAUCCUGCUACUAGCAAAAGCCAGAUUUAGCACAAUUUAUAACCCAACACCAAGGCCACACCUGUUCACUUACUGCAAAUGAAUUCCUCCAAUUUAUUGCUAAGAAUAUUAAAUGUUUGGUGCAUAUUUCAAUAUACAAAUGGACCAUUAAUAUUAAGAGAAAAUGUAUUGUAGCGUUAGCACAAAAUACUGUGUUUUAGGGAUGAAACAUAUCACGCGACCAGGUGAGCCUGUCAGUCGGAGCCAAUACGCACAUUUUCUUACGGGUGACAGUAAUCUUGGCUCAAACUUCUACACGAUUUACUGGUCGUGCAGUAGUGGGUACAUUAUUUGUUUGCAUAAUACACUUUCAGUGAGUUACGUCCAUUCUCAACCCCACUUACCAUAAUGAUAUUAAUGAAAAAAAAAAUCUGACAGAGGUUAUCUGCCAUUAACCUCUGCUGUACCAGAUGAAUGUAAUUCAGAUACACGAUCCCAUCUACAUAAAUUUAUUCUAGACCCUUAAUUGGCUGCAUGUCCCAUCAAUCACUUUGGAGAGCUCUGAUUGUCUAAUUCCUGUCUAGAGCAUUUCGAUUAUUUGAUAAAUGACGCAGAGUUCUUCUUUUAUGUUAUCAUUAUAUCUAAAAAACGCAUUUGUUCCCUUCAAUGAAAGUGAAGCAGUGAGUGCAAUUUGAUUCAUGUAGAGGGCACAGAAACUCGAAGUCUAACUUCAUACUACUGUACGUUCUUGUCUUGUUGUUUCUAUGUAGGCAAUGUGUUGUUGUGGCUUGUCUUCCUCUUAUUGUAGUGAUAAAGCCAGCCACAGUGAGUUAUUGGGAUAAGAUAAUCUGUGCAUUGGCAAACCUUCAGCUCAGUGCAACAGCUUUAUGCUGAAGCAGUUCUUGUACAGCUUUCAGCAAAGAGACUAUGAAAAUGCAGCUAAAUGUGGAUGGAUGGCUAUGAUAAUCAUAGCGAUCAAUAAGCAUUGCCUGCUGCAAAGAAAAAAAAAGAAAAAAGAAACGAAAAAAUAGAUUGGCAGGAGAGUAAGAUGCUACCUCCUGUGACUUCCUCCGCUUUAGGGCUGACAACAGUCUUUUCCCUGUUUCUUAUUUACUUCCGAUCGUUGGUGCAGACUUUCCUGAAACACCCCAGAGACUGUUGACUAAUUUAAUUAAGCCAAAGUUUAAUAAUUCUGUUUUAAACUGAGUUAAAAACGUUGACUGAAAGCACUGGAGUGUUUCAGGUAACUGUGGUUUAGUUGCUGCUAUAAAUACCUUAUUCUGAAAAUGUGAGACAAAACAAAAUGUUUUUGCUUGUACGUCUAUUUGUAACUUAUUUGUGCAAAUGUUUCUCUCCACAAUGUAUUUAAAAGCAUUACAAAAAUUAAAGUCUUAAUAGAU